AUGGCAUCAGUGCCCGUGUAUUGUCUGUGUCGUCUGCCAUAUGAUGUGACACGCUUCAUGAUAGAGUGUGACAUUUGUCAAGACUGGUUUCAUGGAAGCUGUGUUGGAGUAGAGGAAGACAAAGCGGCUGAGAUUGACCUGUACCACUGCCCCAACUGUCAGGUCACUCAUGGGCCUUCUGUUAUGCGCAAACGCCGGGGAGGCAAUAAGCAAGUAGAUGGAGGUGCCACUGGAGGAAGAGACCCAAGUAAGCCUGUUAAGACAGGGAGCGCACAGUUUGUUAGGGAGCUACGGAGCCGAACCUUCCCGAAUGCGGAUGAAAUAUUGCUAAAGCCUUCAGGGGCCCAACUUACAGUUGAGUUUCUGGAGGAGCAUUCAUUCAGUGUACCUGUCAUGGUUCUGCGGCGGGAUGGCCUGGGUAUGACCCUACCUCCAUCAUCAUUUGGCGUCAGUGAUGUGGAGCACUACAUUGGUUCGGAUAAACAGAUUGAUGUAAUUGAUGUUUCACGCCAGUGUGAUCUGAAGAUGCGUUUGGGCGACUUUGUUGAGUACUACAACAGCCCCAACAGAGAUAGGGUCCUCAAUGUCAUCAGCCUGGAGUUCUCUGAGACCAGACUGUCAAACCUGGUGGAGACGCCUAAGAUUGUGAGGAAACUUUCCUGGGUGGAAAACCUCUGGCCUGAAGAGUCUGUUUUCGAGCGUCCCAAUGUGCAAAAGUACUGCCUAAUGGGAGUGAAGGAUAGCUACACAGACUUCCAUAUUGACUUUGGAGGCACCUCAGUAUGGUACCAUGUCCUCAGGGGUGAGAAAAUCUUCUAUUUAAUUUCCCCCACCCCUGCCAACCUGGCACUUUUUGAGCGAUGGAGUUCAUCAUCUAACCAGAAUGAGAUGUUCUUUGGGGACCAGGUUGACAUGUGCUAUAAGUGUUCUGUCAAACAGGGAAACACCUUGUUCAUACCAACAGGGUGGAUUCAUGCUGUGCUCACUCCAGUGGACUGCCUGGCUUUUGGAGGAAACUUCUUGCAUAGUCUCAACAUUGACAUGCAGUUGCGGGCAUAUGAAAUAGAGAAGAGACUAAGCACAGCGGACUUGUUCAAAUUUCCCAACUUUGAGACUGUGUGCUGGUAUGUAGGAAAGCACCUUCUCGAUACUUUCAGAGGUUUGAGAGAAAAUCGCAGGCAUCCUGCCACUUACCUGGUUCAUGGGGCGAAGGCCCUAAACAAUGCCUUCCGCAGCUGGACCCGCAAAGAGGCUUUAGCAGAUCAUGAAGUGGAGAUUCCAGAAACCAUCAAUACUCAGGCGCUGGUGAAGGACCUGGCCAAGGAGAUUCGUCUGGUAGAGGAUAUCUUUCAGCAAAACAUUGGCCGCACUGGUCCUCAGUUUCCUGGUUCGCCACUCUCCAAAGCUCCCCUCACCACCUCUCAGAAUUCAGGACGGCCCCCUGGAAAAAAGAAAGGGCCCAAGCCCAAGGAGAUGACAGGGGGUGUUGGGCCCCCAGGAACCAAAAAGAAGAGUCAAAAGGGACUACUUAAAGCAGAAGCAGGAGAACUCGAUCUGAUUGAGAUCCACACCAAACAUACACUCAAGAAAUUUCAACCUGGAAAGUCGAAACACAAGAACAAGUUGGAGUUACCAUUAGAGGAGUUUGAAGGGAAGAUAAAUAAAAGCAAGCUCAAACUUGUGUUGACCAAUGGAAAAAUUCAAAGUAAGAAGGAUGGCAGCAGUAAUGGUGCAGGAAGUGCUGGAAACUACAAACAUCUUGCGACGGAGGGAUCCAGUCUGUCCGACUUGGAGUCUGAGGAUGAGUUGCAGAUUGAUGAGACCCCACCUCCACGACGGAAGACAGCUGGACUGAGUAAGAAGAAGAAGCUGAGUGGUCUUCCUAGAAAGCUGCCCAGAGCCAAACCCUGCUCUGACCCUAAUCGCAUCAGAGAGCCCGGAGAAGUUGACUUUGACAUUGAGGAGGACUACACCACUGAUGAAGAGGCACUGGCUGCUCAUGGAGUGAAGGGUGGUGCAGGGGGCAUUCUGGACUUACUGAAGGCUAGCAAGCAAGUGGCAGGCUUGGACUCUACAGCAAUCGGUGAGGAAGCCCCAGCCUCUCCCAGCACUCGUGAUGCCAUUCAAGGGAUGCUCUCCAUGGCCAACCCCCCUUCGUCAUCCUCCUCCUCAUCCUCUUCAUCUCCUUUGUCUAUAUCUGGAGGCCUGACGGAAGGAUUAGGGGUCGUCAAGGAAAAGGGCGGCAAGGCUGUAUGGGUGACAGGAGGGGUCAAAAAGACAGCAAAUUCUGAGAAGAAACCUGUCAUUCAGCGACCUGGAAAACGUCCAAUUAAACGGCCAGCCCGUCACCUUAGUGACGAGGAAAGUCCAGAUGAACAGGAGACCCUGGGAACUUGUUUUAAAGAUUCAGACUAUGUUUACCCAUCCUUGGAAUCUGAUGAGGAGGAUCACACCAACAAGACUAAGAUGAAGCGGAAGAAAAACUGGGAUGACACACCAUGGAGUCCAAAAGCCAGGGUGAUGCCCACCCUUCCCAAACAGGAUCGUCCAGCCAGGGAGGGAGCAAGAGUUGCCUCUGUAGAAACUGGCCUUGCUGCAGCUGCUGCCAAGCUGGCACAACAAGAGCAGCAAAAGCCUGCUAAAAGGAAGUACACGAAAAAGCAGCGUCCCCCUGCUCCUGUCAUCACUCCACCUCCUGUUCAGACCGAGCCAGCCCCACCCUCUCCAACACCUGCCCCAGAGUCUGCAGCAGACGUCAGCCCAGACAGAAGAGUGGAUUAUUACUCUGCUAGUCUGUUGGACCAUGAAUAUACAGCAGGACCAGGACCUUUUGGCUCAGGAGGACCUAGAGGCAGUGGAGCCAUGGCUCCGGGUGUAUUUCUUACAUCAAGAAGACCUUCCCUGUCUCCACAAAAUAGCAGCUCUCACUCCGGUGCAUCCCCUGCAGGUUUAUCCAGUCAGGGCACAACAGGAGUUGGUCAAGGGAAACGUCCAAAGAAAGGACUUGCGACUGCAAAACAGAGACUUGGAAAAAUCCUGAAAAUUCACCGCAAUGGCAAACUUCUCUUGUGA